GAUUCUACGUAUCCGUUAUAAAUAGUUAGGACAAUUUUUGAGUGGGUUUUUUUGAAUUUUUCUUACAGUGCCCUGCAUAAUCGGCUAGUGUUACGUCAAUAGUGAAAAUAUUAAAAAUGGUGGAUUGUAAAAGUGUAGCAUUUUAAACUGAUUUUACAUGCAUCACAAUGACAAUGCAACAAUAUUGCCUGCGAUGGAACAACCAUCAACCCAAUUUUAUCUCCGUGUUUUCUAGUCUACUAAAUAAUGAAUCGUUGGUCGAUGUUACUUUAGCAGCUGAAGGACGGCACCUACAAGCGCACAAAGUUGUACUAUCCGCAUGUAGUUCUUACUUCCAGUCUCUGUUCACAAUUAAUCCAUGCCAACAUCCGAUAGUUAUUUUGAAAGACGUUAAGUUUUUAGAUUUAAAAGUGAUGGUCGAUUUCAUGUAUUACGGCGAAGUUAACGUUUCCCAAGAGCAAUUGCCGCACAUCUUAAAGACGGCUGAAAUGUUGAAAAUUAAAGGCUUAGCGGAUAUUCCAGUAGAUCAGUCGGCCUUGACGAAGUCGCAUAACAGCUCGACGGAUCGAGCGGAACUUCUGACGCCCGGCGAUUCCAACUGGAGUUCCGACGAGAUACAGCGACAUUCGUUGUCUCCCUCUCCUUGUCCCUUAUCGCCGGCCAGCAAAAGGAAAAGAUUAAGGAAAACGUCGACGGGUUCUGGGUCGGGAUCGGCCGAAAGGACGUCAGAAGAUCACCCACAUAGUGAGGUUACGUUAACUUCUCCGGGGGGAAGUACUCUCGCAACUGUGAUAAAGGCGGAUCCUGGGGCUUUCACGUCUGAAAACAGUACGCCGAUUCGAAGUAAGCAGCAUAGCAGUGAGUCUGAGCUGCAUCGGGGGAGUUCACAUGAGAGCGUUGAUUGUGAUCCGCCUCUUCAAAUUACAUUGCAAGUUCCUCAACAAGAUACAUCCCAUAACUUGGACAGUCAAGCGCCUCUGGAGAUUGCCGGCCCAUCAGCAGUUCCUCAACAAAAUUCAGGCUACCAGUGGGGCGUUGUCGAUGGAAAUUACCCGCGUUUCGCCGCGCUUACGCCGUGCCAACCGCACGUAACCUUACCGACCGAAAUCAAUUACGCUCCCGCAUCCAAUUUAUCCCAGUGCUCUGACAGUAACACGCCCACGUCCGUUGACGAUACUCUAACGAGUACGAUUAACACGGAUCACAUUGCGAACUCGCCGCCGAGCAGCCAAAAGCGUAAGAGAAGCAUAAAUCCGCAGGCGGACGAGAACUUUGUGCGCGCCCUGGAGGCAGUACGGUUCGGCGGAAUCGGUUUCUGUAAGGCGGCUAAAAUGUACGGCGUCAAUAAUCGGACGCUAUGGCUGGAGUACAAAAAACGCGGCUAUCCGAAUCAUAGGAUAAGUAUUAAAAAUCGUAAACAGGAAUUCAUUAAUCCACCGUCACUGUUGAGGGCACCCGAAAGUCCGGUGCCUGUGCCACCUGUUAGUGAAGUGAAAAAUCAGAUGAUUUGUUCAAAUCCCGACAGUGGCAUUGUGGCUGGCAAUUACAUAGACAGUCGACAUGUGGAUUUAACCCCAUUUUUACAGAGACAUUUAGACACUGUUAAUGUUAAUGCACAACAGCCACUCGGCUUGUCUGCAGUGAGUUUUGAACAUAUGUAAAUUAUCUCUAUUUUGAAAAUGGUGCCAUUUUACUACCUAUAGUGACGCAUUUCGUUACACAAUUUUUAAAUACUUGAAGUGGUCUUUUUUCGUAAAAGUUGAAUUUGUUGUAUAUGUUUUCUUUUUGUAAUAUAUCGUAUUGUUGUUAAUAAUUACUAAGAUAAUUUUUUAAAUAGCGGAAUAUCUGCACUUUAUAUUGUAAUAUCUUAUCCUGUUCUGCCAUGUUCAUCAUUGUAAUUUUUACACCUAGCACAUUGCGUUUAAUUAUUUAUAUUUAUUUACAUUAAUUUGUUGCACAUUUAGCAGUGAUAAAUCUGAGAAAAUU